CAUAAUACCACUGCUCUCUGAUCAACAUUUAAACCCCUUUCUGAUCCAUCUCUUGUAAUUCCCUCGCUUGUACUUCUGUCCAAUGUCAUACCCGAAAGCUUUCCUUCUGCCAUUGGCCCUCGCAGCUAGCUGUAGCUUCGCCCGCGAGAUCACAUUCCCUCCAGUCUCUGGCUUCGCGAGCCCACAACAGCUGGGUUGGAACGACCAUGGAUUUGCCUCUCUCGAAGGAGCAUUCAAUGGUCUCACCACGUAUGCCAACCUACCAUAUGUCUACUGUUUAGCACCCGAAGGCCAAGAGGUGGAAGGUUAUGACAUCGCGAUCCUAGGUGCUCCUUUCGAUACGGGUGUUACUGCCCGGCCAGGCACGAGAUAUGGGCCUGGUGGCAUCCGUCAAGGUUCUCGUAGACUUCAACCGGGCGAGUACAGCAUAUACACAGGUGAGGAUGUGUUCCAAGAAUGGGCCAAAGUGGUCGACUGCGGAGAUGCCCCAUUGACGUUUCUGGACAAUACCGUUGCGCUGAAGCAACUUACGCAAGCGCACAAGGUCAUCUCUGGGCGACGAGGAAAAGCUAGCGAUUAUUCUCAGCCUAGAAUCAUUACACUGGGUGGAGAUCAUACCACGACAUUGCCUGCCUUGAGAUCAACGUACGAGCAUUGGGGCCAAGUAAGCGUCAUACAUUUUGAUAGUCAUAUUGAUACCUGGGAUCCAAAAGUUCUAGGAGGAGGGAUAUCUCAUUAUGCAGGCGUCAAUCAUGGCACAUUCCUGCAUAUAGCUCACGAGGAAGGCUUGAUCCGUAAUACCUCGAUACAUGCUGGCAUAAGAGCUCCUGUAUCACGGCCUAAAGGCGAUAUUAGAAAUGAUCUUCGCUGUGGCUUCACUAUGAUAAAAGCUCGAGAUCUAGACCAUAUUGGUGUUGCCGGUGUGAUUGAUUUGCUGAAGAAAAGAGUGGGAGAUUCGAAUGUCUACAUUAGCGUUGAUAUAGACGUUUUAGAUCCUGCAUUCGCGCCAGCGACGGGAACUGCAGAGGUCGGCGGCUGGACAACGCGCGAACUCCUGUCGAUUCUUGAUGGUCUCAGUGGACUAAAGGUGGUGGGCGCCGAUGUUGUUGAAGUUGCACCAAUUUAUGAUAACCCAGGUGAGACGACUGUACUGGCGGCUGCUGAAGUUGUUAAGUCUCUGAUCGGCUUGAUGGUCCACAAACCUAUAGAAGCAGCCGGGAGUGGUGAGGAAUUGAACGAGCUGUGAGAGCCCAUGGCUUACGGAAAGAGAUCUUUCAUAAAUCAUCGCAUUGGGCAUGGAAAGAUAUAGACGCCGACUAAACAUAUGAUAAUUUAUGUAGAAAGUUAGAAGUGCGCUAGUGCUGU